AUGGACGCCUCCUCCCUCCGCAUCUCCAAGUUCGAUGGAACUAACUUCCACGCCUGGAAGUUCAAGAUGCAGAUGGUGCUGGAGGAACGGGACCUAUGGGAGGUCGUCAGCGGUGAGAUCAAGGCGGAACAGUGCGAGACUCAGUUGGACCAAGCGACGUACAAGAGGAAGUCAAGAAAGGCGAUGGCAGUGAUCUGUCUAGCCAUGGAAGAUUCCCAGCUACCGUUGGUCCGGUCGGCAAGUGGUGCAUGCGACGCAUGGUCAAGGUUGGAAGACCACUUCGAGAAGAAGAGUCUUGCCAACAAGCUGUUCUUGCGCCGUCGCUUCUUCACGACAAUGAUGGAAGAAGGCGACGAUGUGCUCGAACACAUCAACAAGCUCAAGACGCUGGCGGAACAGCUAGAAGCGGUGGGGGCUCCAGUCUGCGAGGACGAUCUGGUGAUCACACUCCUCGGCAGCCUGAGUGACUCGUAUCAAUUCUUGAUCACAGCUUUGGAGUCGCGCUCAGACACUCUUAGCUGGGAGCUCGUGACGUCUCGACUGCUUCAUGAAGAAAUGAAGCGGAAGGAGCAAGGAAGUAAAGGUGAUGAAGCUUCGCAAGGUCAAGCGUUCAUCACAAGGGACAAUCAGCGCAAAGGGCGACCAGUGAAGAAGUCCUGGCCGUGCCACAAUUGCGGAAAGAUUGGUCACUGGAUGGCGGAGUGCCCCUCGCGCAUCCAAGAAAACACGGAGAGACACCGGCCACAGCGUGCUCAAGACAGCGGCGACCGCUAUCGAUCACAACGUGCAAACGUCGCUCAAGAAGAAGACUCGGGCGACUACCUCUUUUCGAUCGGUGAAACGACAUCUGCGAAAUCGAGCGACAUCUGGCUGGUCGACUCCGGGGCGACGCAGCACAUGACGUGCUCCAAGAAGUUCAUGCGGAACUACAAGGGGUUUGACGCUGUGGAUGUCCAUCUCGCGGAUGAUGGAAUCGUCCAAGCAAUCGGCAGUGGGGACAUUGUCAUGUCGAUGAAGACACCCCAAGGGAUGAAGAAAGGUGUGCUCACAAACGUGUGGCACAUCCCAAAGUUAUCCAGAAACCUGUUCUCGGUCGGCCGCUUCACCAAGGAUGUCGGCCCAGUGACGUUCACGAAGGAUGGGUGCUAUGGAGAAGCGAAAGGGACCAAGUGGAAAAUUGGUGCCCGUGAAGGUAAAGGACUGUUCAAGCUGCAAAUGACUCCAGUGGCGCCAGAACAAGCAAAUGCAGCCAAGUCGUCGGGAUGUCAAGGGUGA